UAAACACCGCGGUCGCUAAAUUGAUUUUCUAAACCUAGUUAUUGUUCGUUUCUUUAAAAUUAUCAUCAAAACGGAAUUAAUUUCUGCUUUACGUUACCAGUAAAUCACUCCGAAAUCACGUUCCCUAAACGUUAUCAGCUCGCCCUCCAGAGAUCACGCAUGACAAUUAAUCGAUAUGACUUAUUGUAGCAGCAAUUAGAUUCAGUUGAUUUAGUUGGGCCACCACCUGCAUAAAGGAGUGAAAUGUUUCGUUCCCUUUUUGGGUUGAUCGUGGCCACGUUCCAGCUUAUCCGUAAUAAUAUCAAGCCGCUGAUUCUGUUGGCUUCCCUGGCAACCUUCAUCUGGCUGGUGGUGAGCACUACAAGUCGACCGGAGUUCAAAAGGCCAGCUUCCAAGCAUCAGAAGGCGAAUUUGUCCUCCGGGCUGUCCAAAGAGAGUGAAUUGCAGCCGUCCAAUCGAUGGAGUGAAAGUUCUGUGGAAAUAUUUUUAAGCCUUCUCGACAUCGAUGCUAACGUGACGUCACUGGUGAAAGAUAGUCAGAAUGAACCUUGUCCUCUGGAGAAUGAAAUCAUAUUUACCGCUCUGGCGGCUGGUGAGCUAGAAGAAAGUCUCUGGCAGUAUUACACGUUGCUAGCAAUGAGGCAGAACGCAAAAUUAAGAGCGGAGAAGUCCUUUCAGAUUUUACCCUUCCUGCCGAAGUCAACCAGAUUGCAGUUGGAGGAAAUAUUUGCUCAUGUACCAAUGGAAGUAAUCGGAAGUCUCAAUUUCGAUUGUUACGAUCUGGCGGGAGCAAACAUAAUCAACAGUGCCUCUGAAAUUGAUCCGCCCAAACGGAAUAAUCAAAUAUACAUUCUUGACACCGGAACACGCCGUUAUGGGGAUUUGAUCUCAGCAGAUUGGAAUCUGGAAAAACCUAUGCUUCGUCCCGACGAAGCGGAAGCAGCACAAACAAGAUUACGGAAGCUUUUGGAAGACAGUCCGGUUCAGGGAUACGGGCAAACGACACCGGAGUUUGUCGGGAUAUAUAUCCAGCGAGAUGAUGAACUGCCAUUUGAGUAUUAUUACCGUGCCGUAGCAUUUCAACGAAAACUGCACUCGGUUCGGCUUAUUUUUCUAGUCAUUUGUGAGGAUCCUCAAGGUGCCAUCUGCCAAAAACUGAACGCUCCAAAAGAGGAAAUUCACAUUCUUCUAUCGGCAGCGGGAACUAAUCCAGCGCUGGAGUUUGCGCUUAUGGUUGCAUGUAAUCAUACUAUAAUUUCAAACCACAUGGGAAUCUUCCAUGCGCUGGCCAACGGGGGAGAUGUUGUAGUUUACGAACACGAGGAUGCCAUAUCACGAGGGCAUUACCUCCCGUGGCUGAUGGCUACCGAAAUGGGGAAUUGGUACAUGUUAAGAUGA